CCGGUGGGUCGGAGUCCGCCAAUGGGUGUGAGGCACUGGACUGGGACGGUUAUGGCGGUGGUGCCGGUGCUGGUCCUGCUGUUUCUGGCGGCGGCUUGGGGCGGCCCGGGUGUCGCGGGGCAGAAGCGGAAGGAGAUGGUGUUAUCAGAGAAAGUGAACCAGCUAAUGGAGUGGGCCAGCAAAAGAUCUGUUAUUCGAAUGAACGGUGACAAAUUUCGACGCCUUGUGAAGGCGCCACCCAGAAAUUACUCUGUGAUUGUGAUGUUCACUGCUCUUCAGCCUCACAGACAGUGUGUUGUGUGCAAGCAAGCUGAUGAGGAAUACCAGAUUCUGGCAAACUCGUGGCGAUAUUCCAGUGCAUUUACCAAUAAGAUUUUUUUUGCCAUGGUAGAUUUCGAUGAAGGUUCAGAUGUAUUUCAGAUGCUAAACAUGAAUUCUGCUCCAACCUUCAUUAACUUUCCUGCUAAAGGGAAGCCUAAACGAGGUGACACAUACGAACUUCAGGUGCGUGGCUUUGCGGCUGAGCAGCUUGCUCGUUGGGUGGCUGACAGAACCGAUGUCAAUAUCCGUGUGAUAAGGCCACCAAACUAUGCUGGACCACUGAUGCUGGGACUGCUGCUCGCUGUCAUUGGAGGCCUCGUGUAUCUGCGAGGAAGUAAUCUGGAUUUCCUGUAUAACAAAACUGGCUGGGCACUUGCUGCUUUGUGUUUUGUAUUAGCAAUGACAUCAGGCCAGAUGUGGAACCACAUUAGAGGUCCACCCUAUGCUCAUAAGAAUCCCCAUACAGGACAAGUGAGCUAUAUCCAUGGGAGCAGCCAAGCCCAAUUUGUGGCAGAAACACACAUUGUUCUUCUGUUUAAUGGUGGUGUUACUUUAGGAAUGGUACUCCUCCAUGAAGCUGCUACUUCUGACAUGGAUGUGGGGAAAAGAAAAAUUAUGUGUAUUGCUGGUAUUGGCUUGGUGGUCUUGUUCUUCAGCUGGUUGUUGUCUGUCUUCCGAUCUAAAUACCACGGCUACCCAUACAGGUAUGUCUUUCUUGCUGCUUCAGUCAUUGUUCCCCUGUCAUUGCAAUACAGCUAGAACACCAUAGACUUUCUCAAAUGAAGUGAGUAAACUUAAGUUUACCUUCUGGUAUCACUCUUGAUCUUACUUUUCAUAUGUAUUGUGUGCCUACGAAUGAAUCUGUCCCUACUUACUGCUAUUUUCAUGUCUGGUGGUAUUAAUAUAAACCAGACUGGUGAAACAGGCAAAUAAUGUAUUUUAUGAAAUGUAAUUUGGCAGUAAAAACUCUUUCAAAAAUGCUCAGCUUCUUCAAGAGUGGCAAUAUUGGUUGAUAUCAUCUCCAGAAAUAACAGGAUUUGGUGGAUAUAAUGAAUUUUCAAUUGAGCCAAAAGAAAGAUUGUGGUACUCUCUCUUUAAUACCAUUAUAUAUUAUAAAAUAUUUAUAUUCUCAUAGUGGCAUCUCAGCCAAUUUAUACUGAAAACAAAUGUAUCUUUUCUCUUCCUCCAUAUUCGUGCAUCUUGAUUGUUGAUCCUUAUUGUGAGAACAGGGAAAAUGGCUGAUGCUUUA